AUUUAAGCCAUAGAUAAAUAUUAUCUAUAUUAAUGAUAGUCGAAAUGUAGUGUACUUAAAAACUAGUCUUUGUUGUGUGCUUCAUUCUGAGUGUCGUCUGAAUAUAAUGCUUCUAAAAUGGAAGCCUAUUUUAUGUGGGAAAGAGUUCAUCUAGCUGAAGAUAUGGGUCGGCCGUGUAGCUCUUGUGACUGUAUUACAUAUUCUUAUUUUUUAAUAUCAGUAUUUUUAUUUAUAUUAGGUACGAUCAUAUCAAUAUUCUCACUAGGUACUUUUGAAAAUACAGUUUUUUCUAAUUUGGGUCAUCUAUGGAUGUUUGGUCCUUUAUGUAUUUGUACUGCUAUUAUGAUAGGAAUUAGAAAUGUACUGUAUUUACGCAGACGUCGUGUUAUUGAUAUGGUCCUUCGACAACAAAUAGAGGAUUUACGAUCUCAACAAUCUCAAUUAGCAGAGUCACAACAGUAUACUAUGCCAAUACGUACAGUAAGUGAAAUUACUUUACCUCCAGCAUAUGAUCAGUUGGAUUGCAACAAUAUACAGGAAGGCAAUGAAAUACCACCUCCAUCCUAUGAUGAAGCAACAGUUAAUAUGCCUAAGCAUACACUAAGAAAUGACAAUAUAUUAGUACAUGAUUAUUCCGUUAAAUAACAUUAGUAUUACUAAAUGAUCAUAUAAAAGUGACUGUACAUUUUUAUUUAAUUAGCUUUGAAAACUAUGAUUUCCUCCUAAACUAUUUCAAAUAGUAAUUAAAUAGUAUUAUUUUAACAAAUACUGGUUAUUAUUUCUUAAAUAGAUUAUAAUUUAUUUU